AAAAAUCCCGAAUUUACCCCUAGCCGAACAGAAAAAUAUCAUGCACAAACAACAAACCGCGUACCCCUACGUCUCCUCUUUAAGUUAAUCCGGACAACCAGCCUUUUUUCUUCUGCCUAACAAACAAAUUUCUAGAGAGAGAGAGAGAGACAGACGGUGGUAGAGAGAGAGAGAGAGAGAAAGUAGGGGGAGAGCCAAUCUAUGCAACCGAGGACGAAGAAUUCAUCGGUUGGUGUAAUUGAAUCUUCUGGUUGUUGCCGUGAAUGCAGCUCCUGCAAUUGUUGCUAUUAUGAUUAUUAUGAGCUUGUUUGACGAUAACCUCCGCUGCGCUUCCAGUCUCAGCCGCCUCAUUGCCGGACUUUUGCUUUUCCUCCUCUUUCAUUCUUCCCAAUUGAUUUCUAAUUUUCCGAUUCCUAUACACCCGUAAUUUUUCGUUUUUUUUUUUUUGAAAAAUUGUUGUUGGUAAGAUCAGAUUUGGUUCUCCAUCAAUUUUCAUUCCCAGUUAGGGUUCUCUGAAUUUGUUUGUGAGAGAGAGAGGUAGAGAUAGAGAGAGAGAUAGGUAUUUUCAGUUGUCGAUUAAUGGAAGUCAAAUAUGGCGACGAUUCGAUCUCCGGCGAGUUUUUUGAUGGCAUUUACGGCUCCCUUGUAGAGAGGCCACACAAUGCACUGCCUUCUGUCAUCGUCAUCGGUGGAGGAAUAUCAGGGAUUGCAGCUGCACGCAUGCUGCGUAAUGCAUCUUUUAAGGUGAUCGUGAUGGAGUCGCAAGAUAGAAUUGGUGGGCGCAUUCACACCGAUUACUCAUUUGGUUGCCCAGUUGACAUGGGAGCUUCCUGGUUGCAUGGUGUCUGCAAUGAGAAUCCUUUGUCUCACGUGAUACGUCGUUUGGGGCUCACGUUGUAUCGUACAAGUGGUGAUGACUCCAUUCUGUAUGACCACGACUUGGAAAGUUAUGCACUCUUUGACAUAAAUGGACAUCAAGUUCCCAAGAAAAUGGUUAUUGAAGUUGGAGUUGCAUUUCAGAAAAUCCUUGACGAGACGGAUAAAGUGAGGGAUGAACAAACCGACGACAUAUCUGUGAAGGAAGCAAUAUCAAUCGUGCUGGAUAGAUAUCCAGAUUUAAGACAAGAAGGCGUCGCAUGUGAAGUGUUGCAGUGGUACAUUUGUAGAAUGGAGGCUUGGUUUGCUGCUGAUGCAGACAUGAUAUCUCUGAAAGCGUGGGACCAGGAGAGAGUUCUUUCUGGUGGUCAUGGGCUUAUGGUGCAAGGGUACGAUCCAGUCAUAAAGGCCCUCUCAAGAGAUAUUGAUAUUCGCUUAAAUCACCGAGUUGUAAAAAUUGUGAACGGGUAUAAGAAGGUGGUAGUAACACUUGAAGAUGGGAGAAACUUCGUUGCAGAUGCUGCUAUUGUCACAGUGCCAUUGGGAAUUCUAAAAUCCAACUUGAUUGAGUUCGAGCCUAAGUUGCCAGAGUGGAAGCAGUCUGCAAUAUCAGAUCUUGGUGUGGGAAAUGAGAAUAAAAUUGCCUUAAAAUUUGAUAAUGUUUUUUGGCCAAAUGUGGAAUAUUUGGGCGUGGUUGCGAAAACGUCUUAUUCGUGUGGCUAUUUUCUUAAUCUCCACAAGGCUACAGGCAAUCCCGUCCUUGUCUAUAUGGCAGCUGGAGCACUUGCGGAUGACCUUGAGAAGCUAUCAGAUGAAGCUGCUGUCGGUUUUGUAAUGUCACAGCUUAAGCAAAUGUUUCCUGAUGCAACUAACCCUGUGCAGUACCUUGUAUCACAUUGGGGAACAGAUCCAAACAUUUUGGGAUGCUAUUCGUACGAUGCUGUGGGGAAUACAGAGGAUAUAUACGACAGGCUUCGUGCACCAGUGGGGAAUCUUUUCUUUGGAGGUGAAGCUGUAAGCGUUGAUCAUCAAGGAUCGGUACACGGCGCGUAUUCUGCUGGAAUAAUGGCUGCUGAAAACUGUCAAAUGCAUCUUAUGCAGAGGCUCGGGGGUCUGGAAAGAGUUUCUGUCGUUGCCUGUCGGGAGGAUCUUGUCGAGGCUAACGUUCCUCUUCAGAUAUCGAGAUUAUAAGUUAUUUGUAAUGCCAAGGAAAUAAAGAUAGUGCAACUUGGUUUUAGGACCGGCAAAUGUGUGAACAAAGUUUUCCUUUUUUUUUUUUUUUUUGCCUUUUCUUCAAGCAGUGUGGAAACUACAUUGUUCCUUUUAACUUUUGUUAGAAGUGAUGCUUUGGUAGUUGAUGAGUGGUAGCGCCUUUUUAAGAACUCAAUUACUACAAGCAGAACAAUGUUAUUGGUACUUUGUUUUCAGACCA